UUAUGUUUAUGGUUAUGUUGUAUUACUGUACGCAUUUAGUAUUUUAAAAUUUUAGGUACUGAUGAGCCGUACCGACAUUUCAAUAUUGUUUAUAUUCUCUUUUUUCCUUAUAAUAAACAAUUAAGUAAUUUAUAUUUGUGAAUGUUGUAAGAAGACAAAAAUGACUAAUCCGAUUAUGGCUAAUAUAUUUUCUUCUUUUCGUGAUUAUUUAUCUUCAGAACAAGACACACGAGAGGAAAUUCGGGUUGUAGUAAAAGAAAUAGAUAAAUGUACAAUAGAAAUCUUAACGGUAUUACAAAUUAUCCAUCAAGACACUGCUUCAACUGAUAUUAUUCAUGCAUGUAUGAAAGCAAGAGGGUUAUUUGAGGAAAUUCGAAAAAACUUUUCAAAAUUAGCAAUGAUAGUACCAAAAGGAGAGUAUUAUAGAUAUAAUGAUCAUUGGAGAUUCGUUACUCAGAGACUUUGCUUUUUAGCUGCUCUUAUUAUAUUUUUGGAAGUUGGAGUACUUAUAUCAAAGGACACAGCUGCAGAAAUUAUAGGAGUUAAAUCCGAUGCAAAUGAGGGGUUUCAUUUAGAUUUAGAGGAUUAUCUGAUUGGUUUAUUACAACUUGCAUCAGAGCUUUCACGGUUUGCUGUAAAUGCUGUAACAAAAGGAGAUUAUAAUAGACCUUUACAGAUUUCAAAAUUUGUGACUGAACUCAAUGCAGGUUUCAGACUGUUAAACAUGAAAAAUGAUUCAUUAAGAAAAAGGUUUGAUGCUUUGAAGUAUGAUGUAAAAAAAAUUGAGGAAGUUGUGUAUGAUUUAAGCAUUAGAGGACUAAAACCUGGUCAACUAGUACCUGAUGAUAGUAAACAGGAAAUAAAGGAAAACUAGUUAUUUUUUAGAAAGUAAGCAUAUGAACUUGUCACUGACUUGCAGUUUUUAAUAAUUUAAUAUAAGAUUUAUAACAUUUUUAUGUACAAGAAUUAUUUUCCU